AAAUCUACAAAACAUCUGAACACCCAAAGACACAGGAAGAGAGCUAAAGCUGAUAUAUACUAAGUACUAAGAUCAUUUGAUCAACCUAAUCAUCAACACCACAAAAUUUUCUUUUCUUGUUUCUCUAAUCGAUUAAUUUAGUAAUAAUGUCUGGAAGAGGGAAAGUGAAAUCGGAGCCGAUGAAGGUUGUGUUCAUUAACACACAGUAUGUUGAGACAGAUGCUCGUAGCUUCAAGACCGUUGUUCAAGAACUCACCGGUAAGAACGCCAUCGUCGCCGCCGGUCCUUUUGAUUCGCCCUCUGCUUUCGACGGCCGUUGUUACGAUGGCGGUAGUAAAAUCGGUGAAGAUACCAGACAGCUCCACGGCGGUGGCGGCGGAGGAGGACGAAUGGGGACGACGACGGAGUUCGAUAGAUUAUUCAAAGAGAUGCCUCACAUGGAAGAAUUGUAUAAACUAUGGUCAGAAUAUUGAGUCAUUAAUAAUUUCUGUGCAAUGAUUUUUAAAUCAUUCGUUUUCUUCCAAAAUCUUUUCUUUUUUAUCUAAUGAGAUAAUGUUGUUGUUGAUUUGAUUUAAUCAUCUUAACUGGAUCGUCACUCUUGAGAUUAGGUCCAAUAACGAAUGUUGUGUUUUGGAAAGUAAUUAUGAGUUACCUUUCAGUACGGCCCAUGUCUCCGAAUUUUAAACGGGCUUAUUAUAGCUUUCAUAUGUUGUUUAAAAGGACCAUGAAGCCCAAGUAUAUGCGAGAUUAAUACUUGGUUCUCUUAUUUUCUGUGUAUUUGGGUUUUAGAACCAAUUAUCAAAACAAGAAGUGUGAGUGUGUGACAAAGGCAUUGAAAGCGACUAGCAGAUUAAGAAGUCAGGCCUCAACUAUGGGCUUUUCUCUAUGGGGCGUCUUUGCUACCCAAGUCCAACUAGGUUUUUGUGUAAGUGCGUAAAUGGCUGAGGCAAAUAGCAACAAAACUCAUGGUUAACCUUCUCUAACCAACCUUAACCAAUUUUGUGUUGGGUGAACCAUUUCCUUUCAUCAACCCAAAACACACUCACGAUUUUAAUCGUCUCAUCUACAAUUCUUGUUUUAUUUAACGUUCUUUCUUAAUCUAGCUUUCUGGUAGUUAUUUUC